UCUCUCUCUCUCUCUCUCUCUCUCUCUCUCUCCCCCACCCUCACCCCACAACCCGGUCGUCGUCUAGCGCGAGCGAGGGGAAAACCCAAAACCCUAGCCCUAGGUCCGGUCGCCACCGACCGCGAGAUGGCGGUGGAUGAGGUGACCUCGGUCUACGUCGGCGGCCUGCCCUACGAGGCCAACGAGGACAUGCUCCGCGACGCCUUCGAGUACUACGGCACCAUCGUUGCCGUCAAGGUGAUAAAUGAUCAUAAGGUCAAAGGCAAGUGUUAUGGUUUUGUUACUUUCACUCACCCCAAGGCUGCUGAGCAUGCAAUUGCGGGCAUGGAUGGCAAGAAAAUAGGCAGUCGCGUUGUUAGAGUAAAUGAAGUGCGCACAAGAGGUCCCCGAGAUUUCGGUCGUGAUGAUUUCCGACGAGAUCCUAGAAGGUAUGGUAGGGAUCCAUACUGGGACAGAAGGGAUAGGGAGAGGAGCUAUGACCGCGAUAGAGAUCCAUACCAUGACAGGGAUAGUGAUAGAUCUCGGGAGCAUGAUAGAGACAGAGACUAUGAGCAUGGUGGCUUUAAUCGAGAAAAUGAUUAUCCCAUGGAUCGAGAUCAAGAUCAUGAAGUCGACGAGAGGCGUCCUAGAGACCUUGAUCAUGCAGUGGAAAUGCAUAAUAUGGAUUCAGAUAAUGACAGAGACAAGGAGCAUGGAUCAAGAAAAAAGUUCAGCCGUCCAAAAGGUCGUGAUAGCAGAGAUUUAUCGAGUUCCAGUGAUGAUCUUCAGAUUGACGGGAAAAAUCAGUUGGAGAAAGCCAUUCAAAUGCGUCAGGACCUUGAAAAUGAGGUUAAUCAGGUUAAAGAUAAAGUUGCAGCAAAAGAACAACAUAUUACAGAUUUGCAGAAGAAAGCUCAGAAAUUAGAGGAUGAACUGGCUGCUGCACGGAAAGUUUCUUCAGAACGACAAUUAGUUGUUACGGAUCUGUACAAACAUUUUCUACAACUCCAAGACUACAAUGACAGGGUCAAGACGGCUGAACAGAAGCUCCAGUCUCUUGUUGAUUCUGCGAUGGAUGAACUUGAUAUGGCUGAAGAUGCUACAACCAAAGAUGGUUCAAUGUAUGAGAAUGGCGUGGUUUGAACAGCUGGGCGCUGCCUACUGUUUCCAGAUCAGGUUACUAAUUUCUUUGAGUUUAGUUUGCCUUGGCCAUGUACUAGUACUGUAACUAGCAGCCAAUCGUAAGUUAGGAUGAUGGAACGAGUGGCUGCACAUUUGCUAUUGUAGUCGAGACUGUCUGAGUUAAAUUUAUCAGCCAGCCUGACUUACUGGUGAUAAGGUGAACUCAGCCUGUGAUAUGUCAACGAGUGUAGUUAUGUAAGCUUGACUUUCGAAACGCUCCAAAUUUGUUUGUCAACUAUAUGUCGGUCGGUGAAUCGUUGAGUUUCAUGGAUAUUGUUCAAA